GAUAGUUUAGUGUUGUAAAAUCAUGUGACUGUUUCUGUUCACCAGAUUCGUUACAUUCAGACUGAACAGCUAAGUUUGAUUAAGCAAUUCAGUGUUGAGUGCACGGUGUCGUAUCUGUGGUUGAAUUUGUUCAAAGCGAAAAGCGAGUAGUGAAAAACGAACUCCAUGAAAACGGUUUUUCUCAUUCAAAAACGUUUAUUCGGUUGGUGGAAAAGUGAAAUUUGAUAUAUUUAAUGCGACCAACAUAACUGAGUUGGUUAGAACGAGAUUUCUUGUUGAUUAAAGGAACAUAAUUGGAGUAAAAAAUAAAAUUAAAAUUUCUUUUAAAAAAUAAAUUUUCUUCGCGGUGACUAACUGGUCGAAACGGACUUAACGUAAAAACGCCAGAUCAUUCAAUUUUUGUUGUAUGAUUUUCGAAAAACAAAAUUAUUCAGGUGAUUUAGCGUACACAACGAUGGAUAUAAACUUCUUCAAUAAUAAUUUCUUUUCUGUAUAAGCAACCGAUUUGUGUGUUUCGCUGGACCAGUGCCAGAAAGUGUAUGUUACACAGAAAAGAAUUAAUUGUACAGCAUGGGACAAUCGUGUUCAAUGUGAGAACGAAUUUUCACUUGUUUCGUUUCCAAAUAAAAUCGAUUAACUGAUCAAUGCAACACGAAACUGUUCGAAAAUAAACAAUCGAACGAAGGAAAUAAUAAAAAAAAAACGUUUUCCAUUCAACGGAAAUGAAAUUUAAAUUCGUGCGGAAUUUGAACUCAUUUUUCAGAUGCCCCACUCGACGAAUGAGAAGCUAAAAAUUUUCAAUUGGUAACUGAAAUCAAUGAAAAAAUAUAAUAAUUGUGAAGUGAAUCAGAAGAUUGAAUUGUACACCGAGCUACAGCCGAUGUGUGUAUACUCGUAGAGUUAAGCGCUAAGUUGAAAAUAAAACUGUAAAGUGAAAAAGGAUCCGUAAAAUUGGAGAGAGAAACUAUAAACAAAACAUAUUUCGACAUCAGAAAAGUUGAAUUUAAUUGAUGAAAAUCCGAAUCAAAACGCAAUAUGCAUUUUUCAUCAUUUGAAUGUUCUCUAUUUAUAAAACCACCGAACCGAUAUAAUAUAACCGAAAUUUUCUUUGAACUUGGUGUAGAUACUCGUGAUACAAAUUUAAUUUUAUGGCUGCUAUAAAUAACCGUCUUUUUCAAUACAGAACAUUUUUUUUACACACAUGCUCGAAACGAAACGAAUUUACCGCGAUAUAAUGUACCUACAUGUGAAAUAGAAUAUUUUGUGAACGAAAAUAUUUUGGUUUAACUCGUUCUUCUGUACACCACUAUCCCUCUCUCUCUCUCUCUCUCUGUGGUGCGUACACACAUGAAAAACUUUUUGUUUUUUUGUUAAAUAUCAUCAUCGGUUUUCAUAUUGGACCUGAAACAACAAAUAAAAAUAUUUCCAUCGAAUUGAGAGUGAAAUGUUUUCCUUCGUGCAAUAAUAACAAUCGCAAAGUGUUUUCGAAAUAAAUCGUAAAGAAACAAAGUUCCUAGUUCGUAUGAUAAGUGACAAGAAUCAAAUUAUCAACACGAUUUUUUGGUUGGCAGUGACUUCUCAAUUAUCCGCUUAAAACAAAUACACGCCAGACCAUGGCCACAACUACAACACCCCUUAUUGUAAAAGUUAAGAAGGAAAUGCCAUCGGAUGAAAUAAAGGAUUAUGCUGAAACUGCUAUGAAUGAGCUGCUAGGAUGGUAUGGCUACAACAAUGUCGAUCGCAGUGAAAUAACCAAAUACUCUCGUGCAGCCGAUGACAUCAUGGAUAUAAAUAAACCGAAAUCAACAACAGUAUCAAUAACAUCACGUCCAACGAAUUCAUCCACACCCGACCGGUACAGUUCACAUUCGCCAGAAAAUUCGAAAAGUCCCAUACUACGGAAAAUCAUCGACAAAAAAGUUUUGUGUGUGAGAGAGCAUCUGGUGGGUGUAAUAACGUCAACAGCUCCAAACAGUUCAACACAGGCCGAUCCGGACUGA